CUAAGAAUGCAUAACAUCCACACCGCAACAUAUAGUGCCACCUUACAUACAUGCCAACUAUCACAUUAGCAAGUAUACCUGAUUCAAUAAUUUCAUUACUAUACAACUUGUUGUUUAACAAUUUCUAAUAUAACUGUUCAUACUUCCACCACUACGGUCAUUAAUCCCGACUAUUACCGGAGCCUCUUCAGUCACUCCAUCAUAACUACUUAUUUAUUACCAUCAUGGGAUGGUUUCUUACAUUAGUGUCCGUGUAUAUCCUCGGAGGUAUAACUUUUCUACCCAUUCUAAUCUUUCUAUUUAUUUAUUUACAUCCAAUACUAUCAUCGGAUGAUAUAGAUCAUUUAUCCGAAAGUCCGGGCCAUCGUAAUGCAGAAGAAUCAAAACAUUUACCUACGAGUGAUUUAAAGGCUGGAGAAAUUGAAGAAGAUAAUAAAUCUGGUCUAGAUACUUAUAAAGCUGGUUGGAUUAUUGUCACUCAAGAUUAUCUUGAAUCUCCGGAUGAUAUUAAUUCAUCUACUCAAUCAAUUGUAGAAUCCAGUGAUAAUAAAUCGGCUUAUUCAGCUUUAUAUAAAUUAGUUCAAAAGGAUAAUAAUGAAAAGUCUCCUGAAACUAUUACAGAUUUUGAUACUUUUAAUGAUGAUGUAUCUACUUUAAAUACUACUCCAACAACAAAUACUUCCAAAACUCCCAAUGCUGCUAGUACUUUACCUCCUCAACAAGCUUCAUCUACUACAGCCACUACUCCAACUAAAUCAUCACAAAAGAAACAUCGAUAUUAUGGAGUAUUAAAGCAUGGUAAUUUAUUUCUUUAUAAAGAUGAAACUGUUAAGGAAGUCAAACAUGUGAUUGUACUAUCAAGUUAUUUUAUAUCUAUAUGGCCACGACAUUUAUCAGAUGGUCAAUUAUUUACUAAAAGUUCAGCUAUUGCAUUAAUUAAUGUUAAUAAAUUAUCUUCAUUUAAUGAUAAACGUACCGAUAUAAAUAUGUCUGAUGGUACAAGUAUUGAAUCCGCUCCCAAGGGUUCAUUCUUUCUUUAUUGUGAUGUUAAUAUCGAUAAAGAGGAUUGGUAUUUUGCCCUUAUUAGAGCCACUAAAACCAGUGAAUUACAUGAAUCAUUAAACCCCAAAAUUUAUGCUAAAACAUUACAUUUUAAAACCAGUCAUAUGAUUAAUCUUAUACAAUCAUUAUAUAGUUCUGAAGGUCAACUUCAAACUAAAUGGCUUAAUGCAAUAAUUGGUAGAAUGUUUCUAUCUUUACAAAAUACAAAAGUAUUGGAAGAAUAUUUGUAUACUAAAUUUUCUAAAAAAUUAAAUAAAAUUAAGAAACCAGGAUUUCUUGAUAAAUUUCAAAUAAAUUCAUUAUAUGCGGGAGAUUCAGCUCCAUUUUUAACUUAUCCAAGUCUUAAAGAGAUAAGUCCAGAUGGAACUAUAUUAAUUUCUGCUUAUGUAACUUAUAAUGGAAAUCUUUCAUUACAAAUAGCUACAAAGGCAAAUAUUAAUCUUGGAUCUCGAUUUAAAACUCGAGAAGUUGAUUUAUUAUUAAGUAUAACUUUAGCUAAAUUAGAAGGUCCAAUAUUAAUUAAAAUUAAACCUCCACCAACUGAAAGACUUUGGUAUAGUUUUGAAACAGAACCUAAAAUUAAUCUUAAGAUUGAACCAAUUAUUAGUUCAAGACAAAUGACAUAUAAUUUAAUUACUAAUUCAAUUGAUAAGAAAUUGAAGGAAGCUGUAAAAGAUAGUUUAGUAUUACCUCAUUGGGAUGAUAUAGUGUUUUAUAAUACUAUGGAUGAAAUUUAUAAAGGAGGCAUUUGGGAUCCUAAUGAACGAGAAAAACCAGUAAGACCAACUUCUACUUCUUCAGCAUCUUCAGUACAUAAUUCUACCACUACCACUACUAAUGGGAAUGGAAAUGGGAAUGGUAUAGAUUUAGAAAAUGAUGAUUCUAAAUCAAUAACUAGUUCAAUUAAUGGUAAUGGAACUGGAAAUGGAAAUUCAACUGGAGCUCAGUAUGAUGAUCUUGACGAAAAGUCGGAAUUAUCAUUCAAAUCUCAAAUAAGUAAAUCCACAAAAUUGUCCAAUACGUUAAGUGACUUAUCCAAGCGAUUAAAGAAGAAAACCACAUCUCCUGAACCCAAUGAGUUGUUUGUAGAAAACCAUAAUGUUCAUCCUUCUAGAGCAAGCACGGCUCCUGUAUCUGGCAAUAAUACUACCAAUACUAUGAGUACACUUCGAAAGAUCGGUAAAUGGUAUUUUAAAGAUGAUAAAGCUAACCACGAUGACAAUUAUUCACCUCCAGAAAUGAUACUGUCAAGACGAGCACCAAAGAAACACUUUGAACCAGUGUCAAUUCCGGAACUGGAGUCUCCAUCUCCGGUCCGUAAUUCGCCUACUUACGACUUUGGUAAAUUCAAUUAUAAUGAUUCUGUAUUUGACAAUAAGAAUACUGGUGGAACUACUGGUGCUACAGGUACAGGUACAACUGGGGGCAGUAUCUCUCGGAAAGUUAGUUCCAGUACAAUGAAUCUGAGCUUAUAUGAAAAGCAGCCCAUCAGUACUCCUCCAUUACCUCCUCGUGAUGAUGAUACUAAUUCUGAGAUUGGAUCUAUUCAUCACGAGAAGCCUAGCCACUCUGAAACUUCUACUGCACCACUCCCCAUUGAUAUGACUCCAGGAGUUCUGAUUGAAUCGGCGGGUAUAAGUAUUAGUCCUAAAGAAGCCACUACGGGAUUGGUGAAUGCACAAGUAACCGCUUCUACUUCAGGUGCAACAUUGCAGAGAAGUCAAUCAACCAUCAAGAGAAAACCUCCUCCUCCAGCAUUACCUCCAAGAGAGCCAUUACCUUCAAGUCAUGCAGCACCAGGAGAAGCAGCACCUCCACCAGAUACUGAGUCGGGUGAGCCUACAGAGUCGAGUAAGCCUACAGAGUCGAGUGAGACAGAGAAGUCACCAGAAGCGAUUGAAACAGAACAGUCUGAUAUAUGAAUCAUAUAUGACAUUAUAUAUAUAUAUACAUGAAACUAUACACGAUG